AUGAAUGAAAAAAAGUAUAAACUCAAAAAUACCGCUGCUAGUAAAGUGAAAGAUGAUUCUUUCAAUUGUCAUUUGUCCAAAAUUGACGCGUCUGAAACGUACUUACUGAAAAUAAAGACAUGGAGCCCCGGGAAAAGAUCACAGUGUUUUGUUACGUUUUAUCGUCACACGAAAAGCAAUAUAUCUACGAUUCAACGCAACUCAAAUUCCCUUCGAACGCGAUUAUCUUGUUCGCACAACUCAUUGACUGACUCGAUAAAGAAUAAAGCAGACGAUUCGAUAUUUAUAACGCAAGCGAUGUCCCACGAUGCUUUAGACGACAACAAAAUUCUUGAUUUUUACAACGUUCCUAUUGAUUCAGACAUCUACACAACGCCAAUCGAUUUGAUCAGGAAUACUUACAAUGCUGAAACCUCUUUGUAUCGAAAUCAGAAUGAAGCGUCACAGAGGAAUAGUUGGAACAAUUUACUAAACUGCAGUGAACAGAUUAAUUCCAUUAAUGAGCGUAGAAACAUUAAACCCCAAAUUAUUAUCGACAGAAAAUCGUCAAAAUCCGCUGAUAAACAUAGUAGUGAUAUAACUGAUUCUAAGCGUAACGCUAUAUCCCACGAGAUACGUACUCAGUGCAAAAAGUCAAACUUUUCAGUAAAUCUUAAGCAAAAGUUUUGUAACAUAUUUCGUGUAAGCCGACAACAACAUCAUAAAUCGUUUUUGAGCAACAAACGAUCGAUCGUUUCUAACCGCACUAAAGAAAAUGUCUGCAUCAAGGAUAAAACCGAAAAUACGAUUUGCAAAAAAUUGAAUACCCCUCGGAAACUACCACCUCUUCCUUCCAAUGAAACUGAUUUAAGGUAUUUGAUGGGAGAUACCAGCGAUCAGAAAAAACGGACAAGCGAAAGAAGCACGUCGAUGGACUUUACUGCAAGCAUAGAAAAAGUUCAAGAGUUUGGUUGGUAUUGGGGUCCAAUAACUUCGGAAGGUGCCGAAAAAAUAUUGUCUAACGAGCCGGAUGGCAGCUUUCUAGUUAGAGAUAGCUCGGAUGAUCAUUAUAUAUUUUCUCUAACUUUCAAAUUAAAUGGCACGGUACGACACGUAAGAAUAGAUCAGGAUCAAGGAUCCUUCUCAUUUGGUUCUUGUGCUAAAUUUAAAUCACGAACAAUUAUGGAAUUCAUUGAAAAUGCAGUAGAACAUUCUAGGAGUGGGAGAUAUUUAUUCUUUCUUCAUAGGCGUCCAGAAUAUGGCCCCAUGCGUGUUCAAUUAACUAAACCAGUAUCACGUUUUAAGCAUGUGCAGAGUUUGCAACAUAUAUGCAGGUUUGUCAUUCAUAAAACAAUCAAGCGAAAAGAUCUUAUACAAGCUCUUCCAUUACCUAGAAGAGUAUUGGACUAUUUAUGUUAUAAAAAUUGUCUUUCGGAGCGUACUGAGGCCGAUGUGCUAAGCAGCCUGGAAAAACCAAAUAUUGUUCCUCGUUAGAUUGGAAAUGUGAACCUCUCUUUUCUGAUAUUGAUAAUGAAAUAUAAUGUAAAAAUAAUGAAACUAAUAAAAAAUUUAAAACUCAUAAA